AUGGAUCCACCAUUCGGGCACAGCAAGGCCAGGGGCUUCAUCUCCAGCGCAGAGCUGAGCCUGAAGCAGGCGGCAGCGGGUGCCGCGGGGCCCGAGGGCCGGUCCCGCUUCCAGAAGGUCUCGCUGGUGUCGCGGCGGCUGGAGAGCGGAGGCAGCGCCCGGGGCCGGGAGGGGAGUCCCUCGCGCGUCUCCCUCCUGCUGCAGGCCUGGGAGAGGGAGAUCGUGGAGAAGACGGCGUCCGGCCCCGCUGCCCCGACACACCGGGAGCGCUCAGCCUCCAUCAACCUGCUCAGGGACUUCACCACGCACGGGCCCAUCUUCUCCCAGGUGUACUCCCCUGCGCAGAGGCCUCGGCGACAGGACGAGAGGGGGAAGGCGGGGGCCGGUGGUGACGGCAUCCCCCUGCCGCCGGGUACCUCCUGUGAGGCGCCUGUGCACAGGGAGAGCUACGUGCACGGCACCCUGCUGCCCACCCGCACCACCGAACGCCCCAGCGAAGCUCCCGGCGCCCCGUGCGCGGCCGAGCCCAGGGCCAGGCACGUCACCGUGCUGCGGACGGGCAGGGACACAGCCGGCCCCGAGCUGGGGCUGCUGGAGGGGAGAGAAGCUCCACGUGCGACACAUGAUGCUGCUGACGCUGCAAUGGCCUCAGCAGAGCGGGAGAGCUGCGGGCAGAAUGGUGGCGAGGGCUCAAGCUGUGGGCAGAAUGGCAGUGAGGGCUCAGUGGGCACCAUGGAGGCUGCCGAGCUCCCGGCUGAGGGAUCCCCUGGGGAGAAACACUCGCUGCAAGCUGAAGCUGUGCUGGGGAACGCAACCCUGAGAGAUAGAGACCGGCCCGGGGACCCACAAACCAGUAUAACCAGCUCCCUGCAGGGUCCCACGGCAGACACUGGUGGCCGGGCUGAGCCGGCUGCUGCGGGAGAGGGAAGCACAGCCCGUGGGGAUGACAGUGUUCCAGCCACACCACCGAGGACAGAUAGCCCCCCUUCAGCUGGCAGCACCCCCGAAAACCCCUCCUCAGAGGCGAGUGAUGGUCCAGAACCUCCAUCCAAAGCGCCAUCAUCUCCAAAGGCUGAGCUUGAGUUGGAGGAGAGCAAGACGAUGGGGGAUCCCCGGGGCACAGCCCAAGAGCCUGAGAGCAGCCCAGAGCCCUGCCCUGAGCCCCCAGCCCCUGAACCCCCAGCCAAGGGCUCCCCAGACGUGACUGAGGAGGACCCCGAACUGCUGGUGGACAUGGAGAUCUUUGUGGACACGCUACGCAACAUGGAGCCCUCGGAGAUGCGGAAGGCGCCCAAGGCCCCGCGCCAGGCGCGGCCGUCGGCGCUGGGCCGCUGCGCCGUCCUGCCCCCGAUCCACGAGGACCACGUGGCCGCCCGCGGCCCCCUCUCCCUGCCACAGGCCCUGCGUGAGCUGCUGGCGCGGGGCCCGGCGCGGCGGCAAGAUGAGAGCCCCGAGGAGGAGGAGGAGGUGAUCGAGAACCCCUACCUGAGCCCCGAGGAGCAGGCACCGGCCGGGACUCUCCGUGGGGUGCUCGGGGACGGUGUGGCCGGCGGUGGCUGGGCGCAGGGGGACUCGCCGAGGCAGGAGGGAGCAGAGGACGAGGCCAAAGCACUGGCCGGGGGCUCGGCUGAGCGCAGCCUCCUCUUCCGGGGCAACGUCCUCAAGGGCAUGGCACUGCUCUCCCACUUCUUGGAGCACCGGGCGGCCGCGGCCGACGAGCCCAAGCCCUACUCGCGCCUGGACAACAGUGUGCUCUACAGCCGCUUCAUCUGCCCCAGCGCCACCCUGCUCGAGCUGCCCCCAGGCACCGGCUCGCCCGGGGACCACAACAGGCUGGGCCCUGAUAGCCACCCCAGCCCCGAAAUGGCCAUGCUGGAAGCCCCAAGUCCUGGCUCCAUCUCUCCUGCCACUGAGGAGCCAGAGAGCACCGUGGCCCUGUGCCCCACUGAUGACCUGGAGGACAAGGAGGGCCUCAAGAAGAUCAACAGGAGACCUGGCAAGAUCAUCCUCUUCUCCGAGGGCGGCUUCGCGGGUCAGAAACAGGAGAUCUGGGGCGAUGUCCCCGAUGCCACGUCCUGGGAGCUCUCACACACCAUCUCCAUCCGUGUCAUCCGCGGCGGGUGGGUGAUGUACGAGAAGCCGCGGUUUCAUGGGCGCAAGUGUGUGCUGGCCGAGGGGGACGUGGAGAUCGACAACCCCUGGACAGCGUACGGGCAGAGCGGGCAGCCGCGUGGCACCCGGCCCUUCCGCAUCGGCUCCUUCAAGAGGGUGGUGCAGGAUUACCGCACCCCCCAGAUCAGCCUCUUCGAGGAGGAGAACGGCGAAGGCGCUCGGCUGCAGUUCAGCGACUCGGCCGAGGACACGCGCACGCGGGGCCAGGCCCUCACUGCCGCCUCCAUCAUUGUCCACUCCGGGCUCUGGCUGGUUUACUCCAAGCCUUUCUUCGAUGAUGAUCCCUAUGUUUUGGAGCCGGGUGGGUACCCCAAUUUAAAGGCGUGGGGAGCGAAGGACCCAUCCAUCUGCUCCAUGCAUCCCAUCAGGCUGGGCUGUCCCGUCGUGGAGAGACCCGGCGAGCCACAGGUGCUGAUCUACGAGGCUGCAGGUUUCCAGGGCCGCAGCUUCACCAUCAGCCGAGACAUCUACGACCUGAAGCACCUGCCUGGGCCGGCGCUGCCCACCGUGGGCUCCCUGCACGUCCUGGGCGGCUGCUGGGUUGGCUACGAGAAGGAAGGCUUCCGUGGCCACCAGUACCUGCUGGAGGAGGGGCAGUACCAAGACUGGAGGCAGUGGGGCGGCUACAGCCAGGAGCUGGUGUCCUUACGGCUGAUACGGACGGACUUCUCCGACCCGGCGCUGGUUCUCUUCGAGGCCAUGGACUUUGAGGAGGGCCCGAGCGUGGAGCUGAGCGAGGCGCUGCCCGACACGCAGCUGGCCGGCUACGGCAGCGUCACGCAGUCCAUCCACGUGCUGAGCGGCGUGUGGGUGGCCUAUGAGGGCACCAACUUCUCGGGCGAGCAGUACAUCCUGGAGAAGGGGGUGUAUCGCAGCUGCGAGGACUGGGGAGCUGCAGACUGCCGCAUCGCCUCGGCACAGCCCAUCCUGCAGGUCGGGGAACACACUCUCCAUUUCGUCUCCAAGAUCCUGCUCUUCUCAGAGCCUGACUUCUUGGGGGAUCAUGUUGCCUUUGAGGAGGACCAGGAUGCUCUGCCCACCGCCUUCAUCCCCCGCUCCUGCAGAGUCCGGGGCGGCAGCUGGAUCCUGUUCGACGGACAGGCCUUCGCUGGGGAGCAGCACGUGCUGUCCGAGGGCGAGUACCCCACGCUCAGCGCCAUGGGCUGCCUCUCCUCCACCGCCAUCCGCUCCUUGAAGAAGGUCCCAGUGUUUUUCUCAGAACCCUCCAUCUUCCUGCACGGGCUGGAGUGUUUCGAGGGGAAGGAGAUUGAGCUGAACAACGAGGUGCGGAGUCUCCAGGCAGAGGGUUUCAACAACCACGUGCUGUCGGUGCGAGUCAAGGGCGGGAUCUGGGUGCUGUGUGAACACGGUGACUUCCGAGGACGCCAAUGGCUUCUGGACUGCACCGAAAUCACCAACUGGCUGACGUACAGCGGGCUGCAGCACGUGGGGUCCCUCUACCCCAUCCGCCAGAGACGGAUCUACUUCCACAUCAAGAGCCGGGAGCUGGAGCUCUACCUCUUGGUGCCCGACGACGUGGAGGACAUGAAAGCGGGGCGGGUGGUAGUGUCCAGCCUGGGCGAGCAGAGCAGCUCCGUCUGGUACUACGAGGAUGGGCUGAUCAAAAACCAGGUGGCCCCCACCAUGAGCCUGCAGGUCAUCGGGCCGGCUGGGAAGGGCGCGAAGGCCGUGCUGUGGUCUGAGACCCGGAUGCCACGUCAGACCUGGAGCAUCGAUUCUCAGGGACGGAUCCACAGCCAGAUGUUCGAGGACAUGAUCCUCGAUGUCAAGGGUGGCCGAUCCUACGACCGGGACCACGCCAUCGUUUGGGACAUGGCUGAUGAGAGACCCACACAGAUCUGGGACAUCCAGGUGCUAUGA